ACAGGGGGCGCUGUUGUGAUGUUGAGCGAGCCACCUCUAAUUUCCUCACGCAGACGAAGUAGCGGCAUCUCAACCAACGAAAACAAAACUGCUGCAAGUUCAACGUAGAGCAAGCGCCAAGAGAGAGGGCUGUGAAUCGUGAGAGGAGGUUGUCAAGACAUCGUCAAUAUGGACGAUAUGGAGGAUGACACCACAAUCUUCUCAACGCUAAAAUCUUUCAAGAGUUUGAUAUCAUGUCCAGAUCGCUCUUUGCUGGAGACUGAGCCAGCCUAUGGAAGAAGUGACCUUCAGAAGCUCUAUACUAAAAGAGUGGAGGCAAAGGAGGCUGCAGAGCGUGUCCGUUCUCACACUAGCCUGUUGCAACUCACUCAAGAAAAACAACAGAUGGAGCUUAGUCACAAACGGGCACGUAUAGAGCUGGAGAAAGAGGCGCACAGCAGCUCCAGAGACUUUCAGAGGGAAAUUGACCGUAACGGGGAGUUACUUUUGAAGAUCAAACGUCUGGAAGAAAGAGAAGAGAAAGCAAAUCAAGCUCUUAAUGAACAAAUGGAAAACAACAAGGUUUUAAAGCGUAACCUUGAGGAACUCCACAAGAAAGCAAAUGAAAAAGACAGCAAACUUGCUGAGUCAGACCAGAUGAUCAAUGAGUUGAACGAUGAGACACGAAGGCUUAAUCAAAAGAUCCAGAUUCAGGAGUCCAAAUUCUCAACCCAGAACCUGGAGAUUCAGGCCCUGCAGGAACAACUGGAUGUGCAGCGCAAGAAGUACCAGGAUGUCAGUCAGAAAUACCAAAAUCUGCAGUCAUCUCAUUCCAUCAGCACAGAGAGUGAACUCAAGAUGAAGGAGUUGGAGAGGCGUUUGGCUCUUCAGGAGCAAGACUCUGUGAUUGUGAAGAACAUGAAAUCUGAAAUGGCCAGGCUGCCUGAACUGGAGCGGGAAAUUAAACGUCUGCGGGAGGAAAACACUUUCUUGCGAGAGACAAAAGAGAACAACAGUCUGUUGAAAGAAGAGACUGAGGGGUUGAGGAGGAAGUUGGAGAGAGUGGAGAGAGUGAUGGAGGAGAAACUCAAAGCGGAGUUGGAGAAAGAGAAACUGGAGCAAGAGCUGCAGGCUUGGGAAAACAUUGGCCAGGCUGCAGGACUUAAUAUUAGGAAACCUCAGGAUUUGUCCAGGGAGGUGAUACAAAUUCAACAGCGAGAACUGAACCUGAAACAGCAGAACUACACACUGAAUAGCAGCAUUCGCUCUGUAGAGAAGGCCCGUGCUGAGCUCCUGCCUGAGAUUGCUCAACUGCGUGCCAAAGCUCAAGAGGAACAGAAGAAACGAGAGAACCAGGAUUCGCUUGUCCGACGCCUGCAGAAGAGAGUCCUUCUGCUCACCAAGGAGCGUGAUGGAAUGAGGGCCAUAUUAGAGUCGUACGACAGCGAGUUGGCCACAAGUGAAUACUCCCCUCAGCUCAUGCUCCGGGUCAAGGAGGCAGAGGACAUGCUGCAGAAAGUCCAGGCACACAACAAUGAGAUGGAGACUCAACUGUCUAAAGCCCAGGAAGAGGCAGGCACCUUCAAAUUACAAGUUCAGAUGGUGACUGCUGAACUUGAGGCUCUGAAAGAGCAGCAGUUGUCCGAUGCUGAGAAAAACAUUUUCUCAACAGCAGAGGAAGUCAGCUCUCUCAGGCAGAAGAUUGAGGAAUUGGAGGCAGAACGUCAGCUGCUGGAAGAACAAAACAACAUUCUGGAGAUGAGACUAGAGAGGCAUAACCUUCAGGGAGACUAUGACCCUGUGAAGACAAAAGUGAUCCACCUGCAAAUGAACCCCACCAGCAUUGCAAAGCAGCAGCGUGCUGAAGAUGUGGAACAGCUGAGGUUGGAGUGUCAGCUCUUGAGGGACCGAAUCCGAAAAAUUGAGGCAGGUGGUGGGGUGACAACAGACGACACUACCCUCAUCAUCCCACCUUCUCAAGAAAUACUGGACUUGCGGAAACAGAUGGAAAGUGCAGAAUUGAAGAACCAGCGCUUGAAGGAAGUGUUCCAGAAGAAGAUUCAAGAGUUCCGUACUGCUUGUUACGUACUUACCGGGUACCAGAUCGACAUCACCAUGGAGAACCAGUACCGGCUCACUUCUGUGUAUGCUGAGCAUAUGGAGGAUUCAUUAUUGUUUAAGUCUAGUGGUCCGGUCGGCAGCGGCAGCAUGCAGCUGUUGGAGACAGAUUUUUCCCGCACUCUAACUGGACUAGUAGAUCUGCAUCUCUUCCAUCAGAAGAGCAUCCCAGUAUUCCUCAGCGCGGUCACCAUCGAGCUGUUCAGCCGCCAGACUGUCACCUGAUUUACCCAUCAUUGCUCAACCACACGGUGUGUUCAGGGAACACGCUCUCUCUCUCUCUCACACACACACACACACACACACACACACACACACACAUAUAGCAAGACACUGACAUCUACAGAACUUCUGGGCAUACAAGCUGAUAAUUUUUCAUUUGCAUUUUUUUUUACAGAUCAACAUUGAAUAGUUGAAGGUCAUCAUAACGUGACGAUCUAUAUGCCAACAUUUCAGUAAUAUAGUGAUUUUUAAUGCUAUAAAUCCACACUAUGUUGUUUAAGAAACAGCUUAAUGUGUACAAGAGAAACCUGAAGACGUGCAGUCCUCUUUUUACAAGCAUCAUCUUUAAUGGCAGUUUAUUUGCCUGUAUUGUGAACAAAAUAAAGACGUAUUCAACUUUUCAGUC